AGACACCCCGUUAGGCAGCCCCGCUUCCAGCUGGGGGGAGACCUCCUGGUGGCCCCUCGCAGCCUCCUCCCACACCGGCCGGUUGGGAGACCCGCCCGCUAGCCCCCCUUCCCCACUAAUUAGGUGGGGGGAGCUUAACACUUCCCUUCUUUCUCAUUAACUAGGCAAGGGGGGGCUGGGGCCCCGGCACCAAGUGCUGAUAACUAGAAGCAGAUCUACUCUUCCACGCUGUGGGAGAGGACCCCCCCAGCCCCAGAGCUCCCUUAAUACCUAUUGAGGGGAGAGGUGUCCUCAGUCCCCAAAUUUCUGGAGGUUGUGAUAAUUAUCUUUACCACCUACUCCCCCCCAACUACAUAGCUACUGGGUGAGGAAAUUCCUCCCUCAGCAGAGAAGGAGACACCCCUUCCCUAGCUGUUCCCAAGACCCAGCCAGAUAGUAAGUGGGGAGUCUGCACAAGAAAGAGAGGCAGUCCCCAAAACAGAAAUAAGCCAGACCCCCCCCCCAAAUACUUACCUAGUGAUUUUAAUUCUUUACAUCUGCUCAGCAGACAGCAGAGAAAGCAAAACAGGCACAGAUUUAGGUAUUUGCUGCUCUCUCCAGUUGCUGUUAACCACUGGAGAUAAAGGUAAUUUCCAGUACUGAUCUGGUCUGCCUUCAUCCCAGAGAAGAUCCCUCAUCCCCUAAACCAAGAGGGUUUUCUCCAGAUAGUCUGUGCAAGGAGAAAAGACACACCUCCCAAUUAGAGGGGAGGAAAAAGACAGAUUUUGCUGAUAAUAUCCACAGAGUUAGCAAGAAUUCUUUCAGAGAAGGAGAUUUACCCACCCUUACGAACGAGGUGUACCUGCAGGAGAGAGAAGAGAGACUUCCAGGUAGGGAGACUGCAGAAAUUGCUUUCUCAGUCUGACAAUCAGGAGAAGAAAUGCUCUCUCCCAGGGGAACUCCCAUUUAGCAGUUAGCUGCCAAAAGAGAGCAUCUCCAUCCUGGGAUAAAACUAGCAGUUUUAGGGGACUGACAAUCCCAAGCAGAUCAUUUUAGUGCUCAAGAUUCUGAUUUCAUCCACAAUCGCCUCGCCUUCAAAAUCUUUCUUGAAGAAGCUCCUGGAGUAGCUGACAGCGACGUUCUGAGGAUGGGGCUUGGAGGAGUGUGAAGGGCAGCACCCAAGAAACCAGCCCUGAAGAUCCGUCUCCCUCCAGAAAAUCUUCCAGAGUACUCCAGUUUCUUCUAUCAUGGCCUCUGACCUGGAAAGCAGCCUCACUUCCAUAGACUGGCUCCCUCAGCUUACUUUAAGGGCUACUAUUGAAAAGUUAGGGGGGUCCUCACAAGCAGGACCACCAGGGGCUGCCCGAAAGUGUCCCCCAGGCUCACCGACAGAUCCCAAUGCCACCUUGAGUAAAGACGAGGCUGCAGUGCACCAAGAUGGGAAGCCACGUUACAGCUAUGCCACUCUGAUCACAUAUGCCAUCAACUCAUCACCUGCCAAGAAGAUGACACUCAUAUGCACCAUCCUUCUCUUUUCUGUGCCCACUCCUAGGCAUACACAAAACUCCAUAGAUUUUAAUUGUAGCACUUAUGUGUAUCUCUCAAUCUCUCUUCAGAACUCUAUUCGUCACAACCUCUCUCUGAAUAAAUGUUUUCGGAAGGUGCCUCGACCAAGGGAUGAUCCUGGGAAGGGUUCGUAUUGGACCAUAGAUACCUGUCCAGAUAUAUCUCGCAAGAGGCGGCAUCCUCCAGAUGAUGAUAUACCACAAGACUCCCCAGAGCAAGAGGCAAGUAAGAGCCCCCGAGGGGCUGUUCCAGUCAGCACAGAAGCCUCUUUGCCACCUGAGGCCACCCCUCAGCUAUCACUCCAGAGCACCACCCCCAUUGCCAACUACAGUCAGGGUGCAGGGCCUGUUGAUGUAGCCUCUACGGUAGCAGGUGGGCAGGGCCGUGAAGGGGCCGAUGUGCCACCUCCGCUCUACAGUGCCAACCAUGACUUCAAGUUCUCCUACUCUGAGAUCAACUUCCAGGAUCUUAGCUGGUCCUUCCGAAAUCUCUACAAAUCCAUGCUGGAAAGAUCAUCUUCCUCUCAGCACGGUUUCUCUUCUCUCCUUGGUGACAUGCAGCCCUCCAACCACAACUACUACAUGUACCAGCAGCAGCAGGGCCCCUCAUCAGUGGGUGGUGGUCCUCCACUCCACACCCCAACCCCAGAGGGUUGCCCAUCCCAAGGAGGAAAGCAGCAGAGUGGUGAAGGUUAUGGCCCUCCACCAGUGAUGUCCCUGCACCCACCCCCAAUGCAGCAUGGAGGCUACCACCAGCAUCAACAACACCACCCGCACUCCCACCCACAGCAGCAGCCACAUCAGCACCAGCAGCAGCAGCAGUCACAGGCUUCAAUCAACAACGCUGGCUUUGCAUUUCCCCCUGAUUGGUGCUCCAACAUUGAUUCCUUGAAAGAAAGCUUCAAGAUGGUAAACCGGCUGAACUGGUCUAGCAUUGAGCACUCCCAGUUCUCAGAGCUGAUGGAGAGUCUGCGCCAGGCUGAGCGGAAGAACUGGACGCUGGAUCAACACCAUAUUGCCAACCUCUGUGACUCCCUCAAUCACUUCCUUACCCAGACUGGUCAGCUCCCUCAUCUGGUUGGCCCACAACAGCCCCCCCGAAUCUCUGAUUCUUGUGCCCUGAACAGUGGCAAGCAGGAGCAGUCCAUGAACCAAGUGAACUCCUAUGGUCAGCCGCAGCCUCCCCAUCUCUUCUCCGGGCCAUCUCCUAUGUACCAGAUUUCCACCCAGGACUCUCCAGGAUAUAAUCGCCCAGCUCACCAUUUGGUCCCUCGGCCUCCAGGGCCGCCUCCAGGCGCCAGUGAGGAAAUCCCCGAUGAUUUCGACUGGGACUUGAUCACCUAGCGAGUUACAGACUUGAGAGCCCGUCCUUCGUGGAGGACGCGGGAGGGAAGGGGGACGUGGGGUGAAUGGUGUCACCACCAUCUUCCCCAGCCUCCCUGCCUUGCCUGUAUAUAGAUAUAUAUUCUCUAACUCUGCCAGAGAAGCCACCGCAAGAUGCUGCCGAAGAUAAUCCUUCCUUGCGUCCUGUUUAUCUUCUUCUUUUGUUUAUUAUUAUUAUUAUUAUUAUUAUUACUACUACUACUACUAGCAGUAAUUGAGCACAGCCCUCCCCCUCCUCUGGUGGCCUCCAACGCAUCAGAUCAGCUCUUUCGUGUUGCGUGGCGCCCUGUGGAGGGUGGAGCGAUGGCUCCCUGGUGCCAUGAAAAGACCUCGGAAGGCUGAAUCCUCGAGUGCAUCUUUCUCUGCCUCCUUCAUUUUGCUUUUAACAAUCCCUCUU